AUGUGGUACUUGUUAGAGAACAAGCUAGUACCGACAUAUGUACGAAAUGCACUGGUCAGAGCAGCAACAAAAACUACAACUUACCACACUGAUGCUAUAUCAGCGAAUAUCGGUGGCACAGGUGCAUCUAUGGCCAGCGAUGGUCGUAGAUCAGGUGAGAAAAUUGACACACCGAUAGAUAUUCUUGGUGAUGAUGUUGAGGCAGUUUUGACAGCUGGAGGUGGGCAUUUAGCGGAAACUGAUGAGGAAUUAGUUGUAACUGAUUACAAUGAGGCAGUAAGAGGUAGCAUACCAUCAAUUGAUGGAACCUGGCUUGGAAAUCACUCUAAGGAAGAAAUAGAGGGAUUGAGCGAUAUUGUAAAGGAUACAUUUUAUGCAGGAACCCCGACUGGACCAGCUGCUGGCAAUGUCGGAGGAUCGACCGUUGAUAUACUACUCAGUUUUGAGUGCAGCGGAAAGGAUUAUAUACCUAUUGCACAGGGAGAUAAUGUGAUGGCAUUUGCAAGGGCAUAA